GCCAACGUUCAGCCUUAUUUUUAGACUGAUUGCGCGAUAAAAUGUAUCAUUUAAAAUCUUAUCUAACUGAGCCCAUUUUCUAAUUUUAUCGGAAUGUUUAAUUUUUUCCAAAUCUUGAUCAUAAUCAUAUGUCGGGCUUCCUGUGUAUGKCAGUAACCGGAAACAUAAGUAGCCUCGCCAGUUCUAUAUUAAGUUCAGUCACGUUUUUGAGGGUCCAAAACAAUUCUAUUUCCGCAAACGUGAGCUGAACAUAUAGGCAUGGAGAUCAAGUAGUGAGUUUAAUUUAUCAUAUUUACUCUGAGCAUUACAAAAUGCUCGCGUUUCUCGAACAACUCCUGAUGUACUUUGAUAAGUUYAAGUUAUAUUAAACGUGUUUURAAGCACCAAGUACGAAGAUGGACGACGAUUUUGAUGUYGAUGAUGGCCCUAAAGAAAAUAUUUCYGAGACCAAGAGAGUUAGYCGCAAUAUGAACGAAAAGAAACGAAGAGAUCGUUUUAACGUUCUUAUUAGCGAGCUUGCAGCUGUAAUACCAGACUCUACUGCAGUAGGAACUUCAAAAAUUGACAAAACAACAGUUUUGAAGAAAGCUGUGGCCUAUCUUCGGAGUCACAGUAAUCGGUCAACAGUAGCAUUGUCUCGCCCGACAGCUAACUGGCAGCCAGCAUUCGUCAACGACGCAGAGCUAAACCAAGUGCUGCUGGAAGCAAUGAGUGGAUUUCUCCUAGUUUUGGACGGUUCUGGGAUAAUUACUUUUGCCUCAGAYUCCAUAAUUUCUAUUCUAGGCUAUAGGCCACAAGAUGUUGUUAACAAUUCAGUUGCAGACUACCUGGACCAGACGGACAAAUCCUGCAUUUUUGCACACCUUGCAUUACUGGAAAARCUCAAAAGCUCAACACAGGAAAGUUCAAACUCUACGUAUUCUUCUGUUGCUGUCAGCGAYCCAGUGAAUUUUGAAAUGACUUUGAAUUCAGGACCUUGCUUUAAGAGCCAAGUUGUCGAGUGCUUCUCUUGUAUUGGACAAGCAUUUACAACCAACGCAGCUCCACAUUCUUCCUCGAAYUUUCAAGUGAUUGUAAUCUGUUAUUCAAGUAAUUCAAAACCWAACCUAACACAGCCCUUGUUUGAUGUGACCUCAAAGGAGUUUACUUCAAGGCUAACCCUUGACUGGAAAUUCACUUGUGUUGACAACAGGAUAAUGUUAGUCUUAGGCUAUCAGCCAUCAGAGCUUGUAAAUAAAUCCAUAUAUGCAUUUAUUCAUCAUGAGGAUCUGGUAAAUAUCAAGACCUAUCAUGAAAUGCUUGUCCGCAAAGGGCGUAUCAAUACAUGCUACUAUAGAUUCCUAACAAAAGGAGAGGUAUGGGUCUGGUUAAGAAGCUGCUGUCACAUUUCUUAUAACCAGUGGAACUCUAAGCCAGAGUAUGUUACAGUUAAAUCCAAUCCAGUUCACUAUGAAGAGGUCUUCUCCAAUCAGGAAGUCCUUGUCAAGAAUGAUCGUCUUCAUUUUCAGAGUAUAACUCGAGACUUUCGAUCUGAGAGCUGUAUUAAGAUUCACUCAAAGAGGGCUGAUUCCCCUCUCAGUUUUGCAUGCUCUGAGAAAUCCAAGGAUCAAGCUUUGACUGUGCGAGAUCCCUGUGCUUUCUAUAGUUUUGGGCUUGUUGAAAAUGGCGCGCUUAUUGAGAUGGCGAGUUAUGAAGAGCCACAGAAGAGCCGUGUUCUUAGACCAUUUGAUUUGUAUAUCAACAGAAAAACGAAUCGCAUCGAAUUCGACGCUCAUUACAAGAAAACGAACACUAACGUCAACUUCAAAAAGAAAUCUAACCAUCCACCGCACAUCAAAAGAGCCGUCAUUAAAGGAUUCGCAGAGAGAGCAAGACACCUAUGCGAUGACGAAAAUAAAGUAGAAGCCGAACUGGAAAACGUCGAAGAGGUAUUCGUAGCAAAUAAAUACACACAGGAGGAAAUCAAGGAAACGAUACACCAAACGAAAAAAGACACCCAAACGAAGACAAAAGACACAACAGAGAACCAGAGAGAGACAUACGUUGUACCAUGCAUGAGGGGUUUGUCGUACGACUUCCAUAUAUGGUUGUGCAUGUACGGCGCUGAUGUGCACAUAGAAGGCGCUUAUGUGCACAUAGAAGGCGCUGAUGUCCCAAUUACGUGGAGAAGAACUUAG